ACGACCGCUUAAGACAGAUGGCCGCUGAUUACAGGUUGCCACAUUUACAGUUUUUAAAAUAUAAUAUUAUGUUGUUGUUUCUUUUUUACCAUCUAUACUGCUAAUUUGCUGACUGAACUCGGGGAUGAUCACACGGCUUCUAGCUAGACUGGUGUUUGCUCCUAAUCUUAAAUGAAUAUGAUAUGACAGAACACGACGGUACCAGUUAAAGUGAUCGCGAGCGCUCGCCUUCCUGAACACGUCUUUGCUUUUCCAGGAAACUUCAACACAAUACCAGGAAGUACUAGUAGUUCUCAGUCCAGGUAUUUUAAAGGUAAAUCUAUACUACCGAAGUAAACAUGGCAACCAAAGAAUCCAAAUCUAAAGUCCAGUCAGGUUUUGUUGAUAACUGGCAAAAAGGAAAGUCAGUUACCGAUAGUCUCAGUUAUUCAUUGGAGGAAAAGAUUCUGUGUGACGUCACGUUCAUGGUGGGAGAAAAUCGGAAGCGUAUACAAGCUCACAGGUUGAUACUGAGUCUGCGUAGUUGUGUCUUCUUGGCGAUGCUGACCGGACCUCUAGCAGAGCAGGAUAACAUUGAAAUCCCGGAUAUCGAUCCUGAUGUUUUUGAUCAGUUUUUGAAGUUCUUGUACACAGAUGACACGUUUAUUGAUGGCAGGAACGUCAUCGGUCUUCUGUAUGCCUCUAAAAAGUAUGACAUUGUCGACCUGGAAAAGAAAUGUCUGAAUUAUAUGGAGUCAUCUCUUACGACGCAUGACGUAUGUACAGUGAUGGAACAGUCACAUCUGUAUAAUGAAGAAGAUUUGAUGAAACAAUGUCUGAAAUAUAUUUGGCAAAAUGGCGAUGCAGUUUUAAAAUCUGAUAGUUUCUGUAACCUCUGUCAUGACUGUUUCACGAAGAUUAUAAAGGCUGAUGAACUAGAAGCAGGCGAGGCGUCUGUUUUUGAAGCAUCUAUUUACUGGAGCGAUGCAGAGUGCAGAAGGCAAGGAAGGGAAGUAACUCCAGAAAAUAGGCGCAAUUUUCUCGGAGAGAGUAUAUACCUGAUUCGGUAUUCUAUACUAGACCCAAAAUAUUUUGACCAGAACGUUUCACCGACACGAUUGUUGACAGAAACUGAAGAAAUUAAGAUUCUCCGAUCUUAUAUCUUUCCAGAUAAAGAUGUUUCACCAUUUACUUCAAAGACUAGGUCCAUUGCUUCAAAAAAACAACACAUUACAGUUAUGCGAUUUGAUGAGUACACUGCCGAUUCACUUCGGCGAAGUGGCAACUGUGAUGAAGGAAUAAUGUUUAGCUUGAACACCAGUGCAGAACUGCAAGGGCUUCGUUUGUAUGGCUCUUAUCCCAUUUCAUCUGGUCCCUUGUCAUACGACGUCAAAACAUCUGUAUGUGACGUUUUAACUGAUACAAUACUACCAGGUUCAUCAAUAUCAAAGACAAUUUCUUCACACGACGUCAUCUACGAUGUAGACUUCCCAAGUCCCAUACCGCUUGUUAAAAAAAGACAGUACAAUCUGAUUGUGAGGAUUAAAGGCACAACGUUUCGGGGGGAGAAUGGAAAAUCAUCUGUGCGUCAUGGCUCUUUCACGUGCUCGUUCUUUGACUACAAACAAUGCAGACAUAGUAGCAAGCAAGUUAAUCAUACUACGGUUGCAACUGGACCGAUAGCAGGUUUAAAACUGUUAAUCUAAAAUUUCAGAAGUACAUGUAUGAACCUUUCUAACACACACACACACACACACACACACACACACACACACACACACACACACACACACAGAACAGAACAGAACUUUAUUACACUCGUGGCCAUCGUUCGAUGACAUGAGAGGAAUACAUAAAUAACAUAGCAUAAACAACAUCAAGAUGACAAUAUCUGAAUAAGAACGAAUAAAACAUAUAUACACAAUAGAAGUCUUAGGAGGAGCAGAAUUGUUUGUUGAUAAUAACAAUAAAUUUACACAAUUUCUUAAGGGUGCCAAUAUUUUUACAACUGAACAGCUUUUUAAAUUUAUAUAUAUUUGGUCUAUUUAUGUAGUACUUUUUAAUAAAUUUAGCCCUUUCCGCUGUAAAUUUUGCACAGAUAAAUAAAUAAUGAAACUCA